UUUUAUGGUAUUUUAGUGAAAUCUCCCCGAGGCCCUAGAGAGAGUAGAGAGGCACUUUAAAAAAAAAAAAACAAACCAAAGGGAGAAGGGGGUUUAGGAAUAAUAUACAAAAGAAAAGAGAUUUUGUGUAGGCAAAGGGGAGGAAAGCCGAGGGUCACUGAGCUGGGAACCCCACACUCCACAGGCCACCAGCCACUCUGGACAAAACAUUACUGGUACGUUUUUCUCUUUUACUCCAAUGGACUUAUUUUUUGGGAUUUUGAAGACGAGGGUCUGCAUCUGUUCAAAACUUGAAUUUUAGCCCUCCUCUAUGUCCACACGCACAAAUAUCUGCAAUUAAGAGAAACUGAAAGCGCGGGUUCCAAACUAGCUAGUAGCUUCAAAGCGCUUGAAUCGAUCUUUUCCCGCCAAAAUAUUGAAUUCCAAGCAUGACCCAGAUGGAUAAUCGGGUUUGAAUUCGAAAUCAAUGGCAGGGUGGUCGAUGCUUGCUGAUGAUGGGUCUGCUUUAGAUUGCGCGAAAACCCCACAGAAGAAGCUCAAGCCGGAAGGCUUCUUGGUCGAUCUCGAAACGGCUUCGAAAGGGUCCGCUAAGGCCUCGGAAGCUCUCGUCGAAGGCAAAGGAGUACCCGAUAAGCUCCGAUUCGAGUUCGAAGAGCUUCUUCGUGGUUUCGGUGAGGAGAUCUGCGCACAAGAGCCUUUUCGGCCUCUACCGCCAAUGCUUGGAGAUGGGCAACGCUUGGACUUGCUUAAGCUUUUCUUUGUUGUGAGACAGAAGGGUGGGUACCAAGCCGUUUCGGAGAACGGGUUGUGGAAUUCUGUGGCCAAGGAGUCCGGGUUGUUGAGUUCGAAUCUCGCUUCGCCGGUGAAAUUGGUUUACGUCAAGUAUUUGAAUAUCUUAGAGAGAUGGUUGAAGAGGGUUGUUGAGAAUGAUGGCCCUGAAUGCGGUUUGAGUAACUGCGGUGUGGAUUUUGUUGGUUAUUUAAUGGACUUGCAGGCUGAGCUUAAAGCUCUUUUAGCAAAGGUUCCUAAUCAGAAGAAGAAGGAAGAGGAGUACCAGCGUUUGGAAUUAGCGUCUGAGGAGGUAGAAUCGGAUGGCGGCCAAAAGAGUGUUGGUGAUGAGGGAUUGUCGGGUUUGGAUUCGGUAGACAAAAUUUGUGAUAUUAUAAGAUUGUGCAAUGAAAGAGAAGGAGAGAUGACGGCGUUGGAUGGGGAUUUGAAUGGUGUUGUUGGUGAUGAGAAAAAGGCGUGUUUGGAUUCGAGUGAGAGCUCAAAUGGAAAAUUGUAUGAAUAUGAUGAGGUAAAGAGUGCGGCAGCGGAGUUGGAUGAUGGCAAGAAAUGUGAUGAUGAAGAUGUAGUGAUUUUGGAUCCAGCCAAUAUUGAAGAGGAGCGUUUUUGUGGUAAGAGGAAGCGGGAGUCUCUUAGUGGAAUGUGGAACUGGGUUACCAGGGUGGCUAUGAAUCCUUGUGAUCCUGCAGUUGGUUCUUUACCAGAAUGGUCCAAGUGGAAGUCUCAUGGGAAGGAGGAGAUGUGGAAGCAGGUUCUGUUGGCUCGGGAGGCCAUCUUUCUAAAAAGACAACUUGAUUCAACUGCCGAGCAAUGGCAGAAAACUCAGAGGAUGCAUCCAUGCAUGUAUGACGAUCAACUUGGCUCAAGUUACAAUCUUAGAGAGAGAUUAAGAUGUGACAAGAAUCUUCUUUAUGAGAAAAUGAUGUCUCAGGCACGAGCUUGUUCAGAGUCAUCCUCCGCCACUCAAGGUGACUUGGACAAAUUUCCUUUUGCAGGAGGGAUGAAAGAUGAAGGCAACAAUCAGUUGCUUGGAACCACUGAUUCAUCCACAGCAGAUUCAGUACUUGACAAAUACCCACCGAGCCGCAUUCCUUGGGGGCCACGUUUUGAAGCUGAUGUGCCGGAAUGGACUGGUGUGGCUUCUGAAAGUGACCCUAAGUGGUUGGGGACCCGGGUUUGGCCAUUGGAAAAUGUAGAGCAUAGAUAUCUCAUUGAAAGGGAUCCCAUUGGUAAGGGAAGACAAGAUUCAUGUGGCUGCCAAGUGCGUGGUUCUAUUGAAUGUGCCAGGUUUCACAUUGCUGAGAAAAGGUUGAGAGUGAAGCUGGAAUUAGGCCGAGCUUUCUAUCAAUGGAAAUUCAAUAAGAUGGGUGAGGAAGUUAGAGUUUCUUGGACAGGGGAAGAAGAAAAGAAAUUUAAGGCUAUAUUGUUGUCAAAUCCUCGAUCUCUUCAGAAGUGUUUCUGGGAUCAAAUUUUCAAGUUUUCUCCUACAAAGAGCAGGGCAGAUUUGGUGAGCUACUACUUCAAUGUCUUUCUUCUGCAGCGCAGAGGAUGCCAGAAUAGAUUUACUCCAGAUAACAUUGACAGUGAUGAUGAAUUGGGAUCUGGAUUAGUGACUAAUGGUAUUGGGCAUGAAGCAGACAAAUCACCAAGCUCCAUCUUCUAUUCCCCUAAGAAGCCGCAUACAAAUUUUAGAUAGCAUCUGAAUGUGAAUUAGAUUCAAGUGCUUUUAGUGUGAAGGCAAAGUCUUGCCAGUUUUGGUUUUACAGUGGAGGUUAUCAAUAUAAACGGCCUUUAUUCUGGUGUACCAAUGAAAAAUCAACCCAACCUUUGAGAAGUGCAUGAAGGCUUUAAAGAUUGUCAUUGUGGAGAAAAUUUUUGAAGGAAAAGUUAAUGACAUAUAUAUAUGAUGGUGGAUGUUGCUCACUGUAGAGGCUCCAGACAGCUUUGGUGCCGUUGAAGUGCUUUUGGUUCGUGUGGUUUUGUUUUUUGAAAGCCCUUUUUUUUUUUUUUUUUGUCUAUUCUUCAUGAUUACCUACAAAAAAUACAGGCACUUUUCACACUUCUAGACCUUUUUUAACCGCGUUUUUGACACCAAGGCUGACUUAAAACAGAAGCCUGAGGAAUAUAGGGGAAUGGAUUAGAAACAUGGUGUACUGGAAUUCAAAUUGUAGUCUCUUAUCUAUCAGAGUAGAUUCACUUGCAAGUAUGAGGGUUUCUUACAUGGUAUGGUAAUUGGUUUUUCCCUGUGCAA